GGGCUGGCGAGACGCAGACCUCACUGUACCCACUCAUUUGCCUUUUUCUUGCAGAAUCAGCGCCUGGAUGAAGGCCAGAGAAAUCAAGAAGCACAUGCGUCAUGUGAACGAAUUAACCACGGGCAAUCAGGAUUGUUCACUGGUACAACAACGACUACGACAUUCACUGCAUACUGUGACCGAGAGACUGAUGGAGGUGGCUGGAUUGUGUUUCAGAGAAGACAAGAUGGCUCAGUGGACUUUUACCGUGACUGGAAUGCAUACAAACGAGGAUUCGGAUCAGCGUCUGGAGAGUUCUGGCUGGGUCUAGAUACACUACACUAUCUGACGUCACAAGCUGGUAGUACUUAUGAACUGCGUUUUGACAUGGUGUUCAAGACAACUGGAGAGAAGCAUUAUGCCAAGUGGUCAACAUUCCGUGUUGAAGGUGAAGCUAACAAUUUCAGACUACACGUUUCAGGAUUCUCAAGCCCUACCUUGGGGGACAGAAUGAAUUACCACAAUGGACAACAAUUCAGUACUCGAGACCGCGACCAUGACUCACACAGUAGUGACUGUUCUAAUACAUACAAGGGUGGUUGGUGGUAUAACGCGUGUCACUAUGUCAAUAUCAAUGGAUUGUAUGGACGGAGUGAUGGAGACUCAACUGGUGUAGUGUACUAUGACAAGAGUUUGAAGUUUGUGGAAAUGAAGCUAAGAAAGCGUGGAUAAAACCCAAUGCACUACUAGAUUCACUACACACACUGUGCUCAUUUGCAUCAAAAUGCAAAAUUCUGCACUUUUUUGAACGUUUUCACUGGUUUCCUCUUUUCGUGAUGGCUUUUGGCUAUCCUUGGAUAUUAUGUGAUGCCUUUUUCCACCCAUACAUUUCUUUUGCAGGACACUCAACCUGCCAUUCGAUUCUUAAUCACCGGCUUCCAAAAAGCCAGUAAUGCUUUUGUUUAACAUAAUAUUACUACACACAUGCACUAAGGGAGUGUUGACCAUUUCAAGGCAUUGCGCGCAUCUUCAUAACCCGCUCCUUCGCCACCAUACCACACAUUGAUCUCCUAGGAGCGCUUUCGUUUUAAACUUCUUAUCAGCGAGCAAUCGUGGUUACGAGAACACAAUCACUCUUUCUAAUAUACUGUACUUUUCCUGUCUACUACAAUCACCCGCAUUCUCUCACUAGCCACCUACACAUUAACCAUCUAGGGCUAAACACUUUACCAGCUGUUUUCUAUGUUGUUCUGCGUCACUAAUUGCUUAAACCAGACACACUGUAGAAUGACUCACGAGCAAAAACUGAAGUUCAAGUGACGGGUAGUCACACUAUCCAAAAUGUCUAUGACAUGCAUAGUAGCUAACAACUGUUUCAUGGUGUCUCUA